GCCUCGUCCUCCACCUUUGCCUCAGCGGCGCGGGCAGGCGAGAGGUGUGCGGUGCUCGCUGAGGAGCUGGCGGCGCGGUCCUCGGGGCUCGGCGGCGAUAGGUGAGGAGGGCGGGGAGGCGAAGACGAGCCAGCCGCAGGAGGGAUGAGGGGAGACUCAUACUUCUUUGGAAUGCGAGGCCUCGAUCACUAUGGCUGCAUCUCGGAAGAUGGACGACAAUUCUUACUCUACUCUAUAAAUGGAGACAACGAUUUAAAGAGAUGUUUUGCAGAGGAAGACUUUCAUGAAAUAAUUGACUUCAAUGAUCUCCCGAAUUCUCUCUUUGCUUGUAAUGUUCACCAGUCUGUGUUUGAAGAUGAGGACAGUAAGGAAAAAUUUGAAGGCUUGUUCCGUGCCUAUGAUGACUGCGUGACAUUCCAGCUGUUCAAAAGCUUCAGGCGUGUGCGGAUAAAUUUUAGUAGUCCCAAAUCAGCUGCCCGUGCCAGAAUAGAGCUGCAUGAAACACAGUUCAGAGGGAAGAAGUUAAAGUUGUAUUUUGCACAGAUUCAGACCUCUGAGACAGAUGGAGACAAGCUUCAUUUGGCACCACCACAGCCUGCAAAACAGUUUCUCAUCUCGCCUCCAGCCUCCCCACCUGUAGGGUGGCAACCAAUAGAUGAUGCAACACCUGUCAUCAACUAUGACCUCCUCUAUGCGGUUUCUAAGCUAGGACCAGGAGAGAAAUACGAGCUGCACGCAGGAACAGAGUCGACUCCCAGUGUGGUAGUGCACGUCUGCGACAGCGACAUGGAAGAAGAUGAGGACCCAAAGAAUUCUCCAAAGCCAAAAAUCAUUCAAACUCGACGCCCUGGUCUGCCGCCUCCUGUAUCUAACUGAGCCUCUCCGGCAGAAGCAGCACUUCUCUCCUCCAGCACAGCUCUUGGUUUUUGUUCGCUUUGUUCUGUUGAAAGGCAGCCAUUGCCUUUUGAGUACCAGGACAUUAAACUCAUUGAAAUCCCUUCACUGUAAUCAAGCCUAUGUAAUAAAAGGGCUAGGAAAAAGAUCUUUGUAUAUGUAACCAUAUCACACACCAACUAAUAGAUUUUUCUGGAAAGGACAAAACAAGGUUGCAGAAACAAGGGAGCUUUCAGUCUGAGGAUUUUUUUCACAGCUAUAAUUUGCAAGCUUAAAAAUCACUCCCAGAGAGAUCUUUCAGGGUGAGCAAUUAGGCAGAUACCAGGCUUGAUAUUCAGACUCCCAGAAUACUUGCUGCUGCCCUUCACCAAGCAGCCUGCUCCUCUGACCUCCUCAGUUCCCCAGCAGAUCGUAGUCUUUCCCACUUUUUUUUUUUUCCUUUCUGGUUUUAAUUUUAGGAGGUAUGUGUGUUUGUAAAUCCACUAGCAGCUUGGUGGCCUUUAUCCCCCUGGAAUUUUCUGUAAGGAAUACUAUCUUUGCAACAUUUUUAGGAACAGCAGAAAAACACCCUUUUCCACCAACAGUUGUGGAGUACACUGGUCCUAAAUGGUGGAGGGGAUGUGGGGCAGAGGGGGGAGGCAGUGGCUCGCAGGACAGCCUGGCGUCUUUCAGUUCUCUCUGAGGAGGAGGGAGCCAGAAUAUCAAUAGGGAUUGUAAUUUUAUUUUCCAUAAAGAUAUGAGCAGUACUUCGCUCUGAUUUGAGGAGAAAGAGAAGCUAACAGACUGCUCGUUGAAGAUGGCAUUCAUUGCUCUCAUAGCUGUAAGUUCUAGUAAUGAUACAGGCUGAAUCCUUUCCUAGUGGUGUGUUGAAUAGCCCUGAAACUGUUAGUAAUUACUCAUACAUCUCAUAUUCAGAACUUUUCCCUCCCCACUUCCUGUGCUUUAAGGCCCUUUUUGAGCUGUAUGCAGUUUGGGUUUGUGGAGGUGAGGAGAGGUUAGUUGGUGUUCUUUUGUUGGUUUUCUCUCUCUCUCUUUUUUUUUUUUUUUUUUUUUUUUUUUUUAGGCCAAAGAAAACAGGACCAUAAUUACACACUUGAGAUUAGACUGCAUGCAAUUGAAUCCCCUUUUUUCACUCUGUCCUGCAUGUUUCUUUCACUUGCAAUGUGUACUGGGUUACAAAAAUUGUUCUGUGUUUUCAUCAUGGCUGACAGCAGACAGAUACCAGAUUCCCUGUCUGGCAGACCUUCCAUGAUGAUUUUUUUUUUAUGCAUACUUGUCAUUUUGAGAACAUAUUUUCUAGACAUUUGAGCUCAGAUUUUGCAUAUAUUUAAGCAUGCGCUUAAUUUAUGCACAUGAGUAGUUCCACUGAAAUUAAUACUGCAGAAAACUGAGCAUAUGUGUAAGACACAGUGGGAUUUUUAAGCUAAUUAGCUGCAACUGUACUCCCAAAAGUGACUAUAAAAUGGCACAGUGAGAUCCCGCAGAUACUUUACAAGUUAAAAAAGUAAAUACAUCUUGGAAGCUCCUUCUAGGAUCUGAAAAGUCAGCUUAGGUUCUGUAAUCAAGAUUUUUGUCAUAAAACCUAAUGAUGAGGUUUUUGAGGGAGGGUUCCAUUCCAUCCUUAAUUAGCAGUGAGGCUACAAGCUCCAGCAGAGUCAGGUCCCCCUUGAUGGGGCAUUGCCUCUGCAGUACUUCAGAAAGAAAAGCACGGCGCUUUGUCGAUGAAGAUGGGAAAUGCCAUCCUCGACAUGCACGGUGAGGACAUUCUGAGGAUGAGGGCUUACUGUUCUCAUACAGUUCAUUCUCUGACUGCCUCUGCCCCCUAAUACUCCUGUUGAGAUGUAGUGCUUUACUUAGCGUGUAUUUAUAACGUGAUACUUGUUACUGCAUUAUGGACAUCGUUGUGUGUGUGUUACACUAAUAGAAGCACAUCAAAUACAGCAGAGGCUGAAAAAAAAUGGGGCUUCAGUAUCCUCAUGGUAUCUGUGUAAAGUUGUCUUAAAGUAACUCCUUAGAGAUUUUACUUCAAUUAUUUUUUUUCAGUGAUGCAUUUAGAAUUGGUUUAAAUAAAUAAAUUGUCACUCAUUGCCCUAGGACUAUACCCAGAUGUUCCUGUCAAAAUCGCCGUCACAGGCCACCUACAGUAUUUCAGGAGUAACACCACUGUCUUUUUCGAGAACACACAGAAUGCUAAGGUCUGUGGGGUUUCAACCAGUAUAAACAGGGGGAGUAAGGUUUAAGCACAUAAGGUUUUUUUGUUGAUAUAUGCUGUAUGGAAGAAAUUACUGGCUGCAUCCUCAACUGAUGUAAGCAAUCAGAGAUCAUCUCCAAUUAAAGUUGAUGCUCUGAAUCUUUUUUACAUGCAGAAGCGUUGGAGGCUGAAUCUAGUCCUUGUAUCCACGUACUCAAACUUGGGAGAGGCUUGGUUCUGAACUAUGGACUUUGGCCUCAAAUUAUGUAAAACUAUACUGCAAAUUAAAGCAUUGGAUCUUAAAUGUUCUUUCCUCAAAGUGUGUUUUCAGACAGAUUUCAAACCAGGCCCCAUUCAAUGGCUACUCUUUUUUUAAAAAACCCAACUACAUAGUGCUACCCAGGAGGGAGUGGAACGUGGCUCAUUGGUUAAAGCACAGAAAUAGAAACGCAACUACAAACCUGAAAACUCAAAGAAGCAGGCUUCUACGUAACUUCUUGUAACUAUAGUCAAAGCUUAUCCAUCACCUUUAUAUGAUAAAAUAAUGUUUGUCGUAGAAAUGUGUUUCAGGUGUCAUGGAGCGAUGUCCCUGUCAUAAAAGUAACAGCACUUGUGACUCUUACGCGAGCCCGGCAUUUUGCUAAAGGCUGGUUCUUGCCUGGCACGGAAGAAAGGCUUCUUUCACUGAACGGUGACCAUCCGGGAGGGUAGCUGUCCUCUUUCAUUCAGUAAUUCCCAGGCACAGCCCCUCCUGACCUCAGCAGGAAUUUUUUUCUGUGCAGCCUUUAUGAGCUCGGUCCCUCUGACUUGCACCUCUCACAGGGUGCCUGCAGCACUCAAGUAGCUUCCCUCGUGUUGUAAUACUGUAAGAAGGGGGUCCCUGUGCUACGUUACAGCUUCUGAUGGACGGUGACAUAGACUAUGUCCUUUUAAUUUCUUUUCCAAAGCAGGUGCCUGUGGGAGAGGCUGGCAGCAAUGCCCUGGGGCCCUCUCUUGGGCAGACACUGCUCCUGCUGCUGCCUGGAAAUUCCAGAAAGAAAUUAGGGGAGUACAGUUGCUGUUUCUGUUGCCCACUGCCUGCUUGGCCUUUCUGACCUCUUCUGAUACAAAAUUCUAAUGAUUUCCGAAGCCGACUUAAGAGCAUGAAAACCUUUACAAUGCACAGAGAAAGGGCAUUUUGGAGUCUGCUUUUUUGGAACAAAAGAACAAAGAAUUUCUGUGGCCUUGAUUUUUGUAAUUGACAAGGUAGUACAAACUCCCCCCUUCCUAACAUAUACAUACACGCUCAAGUAUGCUUUGUUUUCAGCAAGAAAACAUGGCAACAGCAUCCCUUCCUCAACCAUAACAAGACUACAGGCAUAAUUACUGUAAAGUGCUUUAUGUUACAAAAAUGAUAAAUUGUUUAACAUUUAUUGGAUUCUAAAUUGGGUGGGAGGCGUGAGUGGGUUUUAUUUUGGUCUUUUUUCACCCCUCCUUCCCAUUCUGCAACAGCGAAAAAGCUUUCUGCAAAAAGAAAGACUGUUCGUUGUAGAGAGUAACAGACUGAACCAUCUUGCAAGACUUGAUUACAGUGGUAUGUCUGAGCACUGUGACAGGUUACCUUAGCGUUUCCAUUAUAUUGUACAUAUUUUUGAAAUAUUCUAUUUAGUCAUAUUUUAUAGAAGUAUUGAAAAGCUAUUGGCUAAUUAAUCACUUUUACACUUGUAUAAUUCAGAGUUUAGUUUAAAAUAAAUACGGCAAACAAUAUUUUUGUGUUCUGCUUGCACUGGCAUUUUGAAAAGCAACAUUUAAAGAGUUAAACUAUAUUAAUAAACUGACUAGCGUGGUAUAUACUACUGCUUGCUUAACUGGUAGAACUGAAAAUGCUGAAGUGUGUGACAUAGGCCAACCUCUGUUUCAGUAGAAAUGAAGGUGAAAAAAUAGCUCUCCUUGGCAAGAUGUGCCGUGCCCCAUUUUAAACUGCUGCAGUUUCAGAGUCAUGUGAACUUGCACUGGCUUGCUGUGGAUUUGGCUGGGUGUAUGCAAAAAAAACCCCACAGCGCAGUCCCUGGUGAGCAGAAGCACCGAGAGCCAGUGUGGUUCUUCCUGUGCUGUUAUAAUAAUGGCUAAAUGCAGCGGGCGUGAGUGCUUCAGUAAGGAACGUGGCAUCCAGGCUGGGGAAAACCGUCUGUUAAUACUAAUUAUUACAAAAACUGAAACUAAUUGUAGUCCCCUGCAUCAAUUUGUACUGGAUCUUGCAAAGGAUCAGAAACCAGGAGAUGAGUUUGCUGACUGUCUUGUGAAAUUCUUAUAUUUGAUCAUUCAGAUCUGCAUUUGCAAAAAUUAUUACUAAUUUUUUUUUCUGGGUGCCUGGCAUGAAAUACUUAGUUUCUCAAAAGGUGAUUGUUCAUGAUUCUGAAAAUCAGAUCCGCUUAAGAAAUCUUGUUGGAAUCGUAAGCUCUGAGCUUGCCGAUUCCUUGUGAAAAGAUAGGCCCUGACCUCUGUUUUGACUAUAAAUAGUAAUAGCCAUCUUCUGGCGGAGCACUUUAGAGGCGAAAUGUGCUACAGGAGGCCUGAUUUAUUCUUCACUUUUAAGCAACAAAUGAGGUUUCCCCAACUACAGUAAGGUUCUCCUCCUGAUCCAACUGAAAUGCUGCAUUACCUACAUGCUGACUGUGGCUUUUCUGUCUUGUUUGGCACUGGACACAACCCCUGGAAGUAAGCUUCGAGGCUUGGGUUGCAGAUGGUAGAGGGCUGUACAUCCCAGAGGAUCACAAACUGGUCUUCGGUUGAGGACGUGACUGUACGUGUGUAACUUCAAUACACAAUUUGGACACGCAAAGAGGCAAUAUUUUAUCCUGGGCUUUCGUGCAGCAGGUGAUAAUGUGCAACCUGACCCUGCAUGGCGCUGACUAGUGAGAUGUAAAAGCAUUUCUCCCAGCUGCAGGAGGGGCCUGAAGCUUCUACGGCUCCCACCUUGAUCACUCACAGCCGGAGCUCACUGUACUUUGUUACCAAUACCGGGGCUAUUGCUGUUCCUUGUGCAGCCUCCAUUUUUUUGUCCCACAAUCAAAGCAAGCGAAACGGUGAUUGAAGGAGGGGGUGUUGCAAAGGGGAGUCUGUAGUUGCCAACUCGCACCCUGAUGAUCCACUCAACUUCUUAAAAUGGAUUCAGCAGCUCACAAGGGUUGGGUUCUUUGCUAUUUUACUGCCUGAUCAUCAAACCAGUAGUCGGUUUGGUGGUGUUACAGGUAGACUUAUUGGAGCAGCUUGCUUGAAGUGAAGGCAGCGUCUGUCGCGCAGCUGAGGAGCCGGAACAAGCUUUCUAUGGAAGAGGGGAUUUAAGUAGGUUAUUGCGGAUAUCGUGAUGAGGGUUACAGUUAUUUCAAAUCACAUCCUCUAAAGGACCUUUACUAAAUUUAUUUUUGUUCCUUCUUUAGUAGUAAACAUUUUAUCACUAAACAUUUCGCCACUUCAGACUUUCUCUCAUAUAUUAGUAUGAAUUUAAGACUUUCACAUUUCCUUGAUUCCCUUCUGCCUAAGAAAUCCUGCUUGGGUAGCAAAACUAGGUAUGGAUUAAAGUCCCAGACAGAUCAUCAUCUAUACUCAUCCUCACACAAUGCUUUUGAAUAACUAGUUAAGCUAGGGAAAAAAAAACCCCAACAACCCAACCCAAAAACAAACACUGCUUUUCGUGGUUUAGCACAUCUUUGGGUGGGGAAGGGCAGGGGGGUAGUACAGCAGCUUCAAAUAUUCUAGGCUUCUCAUAAAAGGAGAUGUUUUUUCUAACAUGAGCUGUGCUUUUUUUUUUUUUUUUUUGUAAAUACAUGCAAACUGCAGCAUACAGGAGUAAAUUUACAAGGGAGGAAGUGUUGUAAAGGCUUUCCCACAUGUCCAUUUGAAGCGUUAAGUAUGUUUGCUUUGGCUUGCAGGGGAGGGAAGCUUGCACUGCUAGAGGUAGAACAGCAGCAGCACUUCUGAUGGAAAGGCAAGAGCCCCGAAUGCUGCCACUGCAGAAGUGCUCAGAAAGCAUUAAAAGACAGCUUUAAUUAAUCUCUCCGUUGUCUGUUUGUUCAGUUGCUACGCAGAGAUUCUGGGGCUACAGUAAGAGUUAUCUUCGUACAGGAUUGUGUACUGAUGCAGUAGCUACAAAGCCUAGAAUUGGGGACAUGUGUUAGUGAGAUUCUUGCUGGAGUAAGGCUGGGGAAGCUGUGAAGUGUGCGCAGGCCUCACCGUUAAUGAAAAAUGAAGAUACUUAGAACCUGAAGGACAGAAUUCAGGAUUUAAAUCCAUGUAAUUGAGAGCUGUAUUAAGAAGGGCCCGUUUGCUCUCCAUGAGUCAGGGGCUUCCUCACUCAUCUGAGUAAGAGUAUCCAGCAAGAAGAAUUAAACUUCUUUAUUAUUGUACACUAGAAAAUCAGCCUUGUUUUAACUAAUUACUGUAAUUGGUCAUUUAUCUAGUAUGAGAAAGUUGUGUCUACAUUAGUGUCACACAGAUGUGUUCUCGCUAUUCGGUUAAUGAAGGUAGAUGUUUUGAAUCCAUUUUAGAGCAGAGUUCUUGUUCAGAAACUUCUGAAAGAAAUGCCAUCAGUAAUGACUGACAGAUCCUUCAGUGUCCAUUUGGCAAGUUGUCCUGCUGUGGGUAGCUGCAGAAAUAUUUCAUGUAUGUUGUUGUAGAUUUAAAAACAUUACUCAUGUUUUCAUUCAAAUGUCUGCAUUUCUGACAGAUGUGACAUAUCUGUAUAUAUUAUAAAUCAAUACUAUUUUUAACCACAUAUUUUGUACAAAUAUUCACAUUAGCUCUGUACAUCAAUGAAAAUCUAUUAAGGUAUUAAACAUUUUGGUGGAAUUAGAAAA